AUGCGUGCACAGCAGGGCACGGCGGCAGGGCACGACGGCGCGCGCGGCUGCGGGCGUGACGACGAGAGCGGCGGACAAGGGCGAGGUGCUGCGCGGCGUGUGGGCGAGCUUCGGCGCGAGGGCGCGGGCGAGGACGGCGGACGAGGGCGAGCGCGAGCUGCUGCGCGGCCGGCGCGGUAUGCGGGCGAGGGCACGCGCAGGCAUGUGGGUGCGCGCGAGGACGGCGGACGAGGGCAAGCGCGAGCUGCUGCGCGGCCGGUGCGGCGUGCGGGCGAGGGCGCGCGCAGCGGUGAGCGGCGGCGCGGGCCGACGCUGCGGGCGCGACGGUGGGCGGACGCGCGGCAGGCUCGGCGACGGCGGAGCUGGCGAGCGCGGGCGGCCGCGCGGCCACAGCUGCAGGACCGUGGCGUGCUUGUGCUAGCUAACCAGCUUCGCCGCGUGGGCGAGCGCCCCGGCAAGGCACGGAGCGCGUGGACUACGGCGCGGGCGGGAGCGGCUGUUGCUGCAGCUCCCGCGCUAGCGAGCAGGCAAGGCACGGGCGCGCGGGCGAGCUUGGCUGCUGCUGCUGCACCCCAGCGAGCACUGAUGCGGCGCGACAGAGAGCAAGGGCGCGAGCUCAUGGGCGGAUGA